UAACACCAGUUUCAUUUGUUGUGUCGCAUCGUUGUAUGCCCAAACUACAACUCUGUAGCCUGUGUUUACAGGAUUAAGUUUUUGAGCAAGUAAACUCAGGCUGGCUAUGGAUGAUGACCUAGCUGACUUGUCAUUUCUGAGCUCAAAUCGGCUGGAGCUUCCAGCAAGCUUGAGUGACUUGGAAGAUGUGAUGCAAGUGGGCCAACAGCUGGAGUGUGUGGAGAGCAGCUGGCUGACCUCGGCCGGCGCCUCAAGCCCUGACCAGGUGUCAGCGUCCUUGAACGGCACGGCGCGGCCGGACGUGGCGGCCGCGGCCUUCCCCGUGGCGCCGCCGGGAUCGGCCCACUGUCGCACCGUCUCCGUCUGCUCUCGACCGUCGUCCAGCGCCGACCAGACGGCGCCGGGCUCUCCCCAGCACGGCCGGCCACCGGCGGGCUCGGGGCAGACGGCUCCGACAGCGGCUCCCCGCCAGACACAAGCUCGGGGUCAAAUGACAGCAACUCCGGGUCAGGCGUCUGCGGUUCCCGGCCAGAUGCCAGCGGUUCCCGGUCAGGCAACAGCUGCUCCUGGUCAGACAACAGUUGCCCCCGGCCAGACAACAGUUGCUCCCGGUCAGACGACAGUUGGGCCUGGUCAGACAACAGUCGUUGCCGGUCAGAGGACCGUUGCCGGCACAAUAACAGCAACUCCUGGCCAAAUACCGACGGCUCCUGGUCAGAAUAUGACCUCCAUGCUGGGCAGGGCGGCCUGGGCGGCGGGUCAGGUGAGGCCUGUUGGCCUGCAGACGGCGUCGGCUGCCGCGCCGCCGGUCCGCCCGAUGGCCCCUGGUCGCUCUGGGACGGUGACCCUGGGCAGCUCUGCCCAGACGGCUCAGCGCGCCCGGCCCUCCAAGGUGGUCAUCGUCAAGCCAAAGCCAUUGGCACCCGCUCUGGAACCUGGAAAUAAGAUCGUGGCCAAGAAAGUGAUCGUGGUCGGCUCCAAGAGGGCGGUGACUAGGACCGAUGGACCUCUGCCCGUCAUCUCCACACCGCGGCUGACGCCCUCCCGCUCGGCUGUGCCGGCGCUGCGCGGCGCGGCGCCUCCACCGCCGCCCCCGCCGCCGACCCCGCCGCCGCCGCCUCCGCCACCGCCGCCCCCGCCUCCGACGCCGCCACUGCCGCCACCACCUCCGCCGCAUCCGUCGCCGCUCAGCGCCCUGCCGCCGACCGCCGUCGUGCAGAAGCUGAGCCUCGCUGGCGUGCGCGCCCAGGUCAAGCUGGUCGACGGCAAGGAGCGGAUCGUGCUUUUCAGGAAGCCGGGCGAGCCGGCGGCCGUCAGCGCCAUCUUCGACUCGGUGGACGACGAGGCCGAGUCGCGCUCGUCGGCCGAGCGCACCAUCGACAGCCUGGUGCAGCAGGUGGAGACCGACGGGCGCUGA